CAUAAACACAUCCAUAAAGGGAAAAUAAUCUCAGACACUAUUGUCCUAAUUGUUUUACCAUGAUCUGUGUCCAAUAUACUGGCUGACAUCUACGUUCUAAAUUGAGCAGACAAGCUAUGGCUAAAGAGGCAUUGGCAGAGGUAGGCUGUUAUUUUGAUGAACUCAACAAGCUACGUGCACUCGAGCCAGAAGUCAGCCAGAAGACAGCGGAGCUCAAAGAAGACUGCAAAGAUUUUUUGGACAAAAUUGUGCAGUUUCUAAAGAUAAUUGGCGGUCUCAUGGACCUAGUAGACGAGUUGGCAAAUGAGACAGAGAGGGAAAAAUUGAAGGCCCUUGGGACAAGAAACCUGCUGAAGUUCAUGGCAAAACAACGAGAGGCCCAGCAACAGCAACUGUCAGCUCUCAUUGCAGAAAAGAUGAUGCAACUUAAGAGAUAUCACAAUGAGUAUGAAACCCUGUCUAAAGUAGAAGCGGAACAAAAUGAAUUCAUUAACCAAUACAUUUUGCAGAAGUGAUGAUGUGAGGGACAUUAAAAGACGUACCAGAAUGUCUCCACUGUCUGAUAAAUAGAUGCACAUCAUCAGUGCUAUUAAUUGGAAAUAAAACUGAUACAUAUUCA